GAAGGAGGGUGCGCAACGUAGGACGCGCUGCACGUUGACGUAACGCGCAGGUUAAAGUGGACGCUGUGCGUGGGACGUUUCCGACCGGCUCCUCUUUCUCUGCUCCGCUUUCCCCCUCGAAGGUCCUUUUCCGAGCACCGAUAUGUCGAACGUCGCGGAUACUAAGCUGUACGACAUCCUGGGGGUCUCCCCCUCCGCCUCCGAGAACGAGCUGAAGAAGGCAUAUCGUAAGCUAGCAAAAGAGUACCAUCCAGACAAGAACCCCAAUGCUGGAGACAAGUUCAAAGAGAUCAGCUUUGCCUACGAGGUGCUGACCAACCCGGAAAAGAAGGAGCUGUACGACCGCUAUGGAGAGCAGGGGCUACGAGAAGGCGGCUGCGGGGGCAGCGGCAUGGACGAUAUCUUUUCCCACAUCUUUGGCGGCGGACUCUUCGGGUUUAUGGGUGGCCAGGGGAGGAGCAGGAAUGGUGGAAGGAGGAGGGGCGAGGACAUGGUGCACCCCCUGAAAGUGUCCCUUGAAGACCUGUACAACGGAAAAACAACCAAAUUACAAUUAAGCAAAAACGUUCUUUGUAGUUCAUGUAAUGGGCUUGGUGGAAAGACAGGAGCAGUUCAGAAGUGCACGACUUGUAGGGGGCGUGGCAUGCGCGUCAUGAUCCGACAGUUGGCCCCCGGAAUGGUGCAGCAGAUGCAGUCCGUCUGUACCGAUUGUAAUGGGGAAGGUGAGGUCAUUAAUGAGAAAGACCGCUGCAAGAAGUGUGAGGGCAAGAAGGUGGUCAAGGAGGUGAAGAUCCUGGAGGUCCAUAUAGACAAGGGUAUGAAGCACGGGCAGAAGAUCACCUUUGGGGGAGAGGCAGAUCAAGCCCCUGGAGUGGAGCCUGGAGAUAUUGUUCUCGUCCUACAGGAGAAGGAGCAUGAGACGUUCAGAAGGGACGGCAAUGACCUUUACAUGACCCACAAGAUCGGCUUGGUGGAAGCCCUGUGUGGAUUUCAGUUCACGAUGAAGCACUUGGACGGCAGACAAAUUGUGGUGAAGUACCCUGCUGGAAAGGUCAUUGAACCAGGCUCAGUCAGGAUGGUCCGGGGUGAAGGAAUGCCACAAUACCGCAACCCUUUCGAGAAGGGUGACUUGUAUGUUAAAUUCGAGGUGAAUUUCCCAGACAACAACUGGAUAAGCUCAGAGAAGCUUGCUGAACUGGAGGACCUGCUGCCUAUGCGAGCGGAGGAGCCGAUCAUCUCGGGCGAUGUGGAGGAGGUGGAUCUGCUGGAUUACGACAUGAGCCAGAGCUCAGCUGGAGGCCACCGGCGUGAGGCCUACAACGACAGCUCCGAUGAGGAAAGCGGGCACCACGGGCCCGGCGUGCAGUGCGCUCACCAGUAGUCCUAAAAUUGUGCCCAAGAGCUGGAAUCAAGUUGCACAGAGUGUUUGUAUUUGAUCUGGUUUGGAUUCACCAUAAACUCCCCCCCUCUGACACAUUCCCCCAAACAAACGUUGUUCUCCUUUUCAUCCAAGGCCCAGGUCACAUACCCUCAUUCCUUCUGGGGCUCUUUCAGGCAAAGGGUGCUUUUCCUGUUCAUGUAACUGUUUCUCCAUUUGGGUUGUCAUAGCAAUUUGAGAUGAAAAAGCCAGAAAGCACCAGUUCUUAGCCUGCGGUCUGGGCUCAGCUUGUGCCUCCCCACUCCUGACAACAUGGAAUGAGUUCUGUCACCGUUUAGGUUUCUACUUGUGUCUGUGCUUUAUUUUUACCACUUUGUAGAUUUUUACAUUUGCCUUUAUUUUAAAUUUUCAGGAGGGGGAGGGUCAGUGUGUAAAAUAACUUUGGUUGCAGUCACAAGCUGUGUGUGAUUAAAGUAGAAAUAUCACAGCCUGUACAUGAGCCAGGUGCAUGUUAGAAAACAGUGGCUUGUGCACUGAACUAUACCUUACUGGUUAAAAUAAAAUAUGAAACAA